GGUGCAAGGUUAGACACAAAGGGUCGGGCCCAUCUUUCCAUCUUUUUUGCUUUUUUCAUGCUUCUUUCAAAAAUUUCUAAAUUCUACCUAAAUUUAUCAAACAAAUAAUAUGAUGUGAAGCUUUAAAAUACAUGUAGAAGCGGUUUCUUUAUAAACAACACAAAGAAGAGAAAGAAAAAGAAAGAACCGUAUUCCCGUGAUCAUACUUGUGAUUUUGUAUUCUAUGGGGGACAGAAAAAAAAAGUCCUCUUUGUCCCUCUUUCACACCAAGAUGAUGUGAAACAUAACUUUGUACAAAGCCACUUGUUUGAUAUAAAUAUGUUAUCUUUUUCUUUUCUUGUAUUGCCUUUUCUUACUCACUUCUCUCAUAUCCAUAAAAUAAAUGUCUAUUCUCUCUCAAUUUGGUCUCCAAUCUAAAAACAAAAUGCAAUCUAAUGGACCUAAUGUAUGCUCUGGUCGUGGCAAGAGUUACUGUCUCAUUCAUCGAAGAUAUUUUGAAACAAGCUGGUGUCCUGACUGUAGUCGUUCAAGUCGUAAGUAUAAAUCAUUUUAGAUGAAUCAUUACUGACUGUGUUACUAGAUCAUUAAGCAUUCUUUUCCAUAUAUCUUAUUAACAUACAGAAAAAAAAGGCCCACAAUGCUAUUGUAUAAAGUAAAAAAAAAAAAAAAAAAAUCGAAAAAAAAGCAUUCUCCUCUACUUUCUUCCUUUCUCUGUCUCUUUAUUUCUUUUUUCUUUCUCACUCUUCCCUCCACU